UUUUUGCAACUAAUUUUGGUAAACACAAAUAAUAAAAUAAGUGAGAUGCAGCACCACUAUAAAGCACCUCAACCUGCAUUUGUAAGUCUCCUUGAUAUGAUGGAGUUGAGAGCUUUUAUUGGUCUGCUUUAUCUGUCUGGUAUAAUGAAAUCAAACCAUGAAAAUGUGGAAGGACUUUUUGCGAAUGAUGGUACCGGACGCGAUGUUUUUCGGGCAACAAUGAGCCUUAAAAGGUUUUUGUUUAUUCUGACAUGUUUGCGUUUUGAUUGUGCUGCCACAAGGGAAGCUAGGAAAGCAAAUGACAAACUUGCAGCAAUUCGAGAAUUAUGGGACAUCUUCGUAGCCAAUUGUCAGAAGUAUUAUACACCAAGCCAAAAUGUUACCAUAGACGAAAUGCUAGUCCCAUUUCGUGGUAGGUGUAGUUUUCGGAUGUACAUGCCAAAAAAGCCGGCCAAGUACGGAUUGAAAAUAAUGUGUCUUUGCGAUUCUCGCAGUUUUUACUUAUGUAAUGCCUUUGUUUACACAGGCAAAGAGACAACAAAUGAUAAAACUUUAUCAAUUCCAACAAAAGAUGUUCUCAAACUUAUUACACCGAUUCAAGGGACUAAUAGAAACAUUACGGUUGACAACUGGUUCAUGUCACUUGAGCUAUGUGAAGAAAUGAAAAAGAAAAACUUGACCGUUUUAGGCACUAUGAAGCAAAAUAAGCCACAAAUUCCGGUAGAGUUCAAGCCACAGAGUAAACGUCUUGUUCAUUCAACUUUAUUUGGACACAAUCAAGAAAAGACUCUUUGUUCAUACGUACCUCGCAAAAAUCGUGCGGUCGUGCUUCUUUCAACAAUGCACCAAGAUCAAAAGAUCAACAAAGAAAAUAAAAAGCCAGAUAUAAUUACAGAUUACAACAACACAAAGGCAGGUGUAGAUGCAUUAGAUCAGCUAUGUGCUAACUACUCGGUUUCGCGUCGAACUCGCAGAUGGCCAAUGGUUAUUUUUUACGCCAUAUUGAACAUAGCAGGCGUCAACGCUGCAGUUAUUCUACACUGUAAUACAAAAAUUGACCCGGUUGAUCAACUAAUAAGAAGACAAUUGCUGAAGAAACUUGGAAUGGCUUUGGUAAAGCCUCACAUUGAACGUCGUGAUGUUCGACCUCUUUCACGGGAAUUGAGAGAAAUUGUAGUACAACAUGGUGGGACUCCACUUUCUUCGACCCCUUCGGAUACAGAACCGACAAGGAAAUCAAGAUGCUAUGUUUGCCCACGACAGGCAGACAAAAAGACAAAAAUGGUGUGCGAAAAAUGCAAAAAGCAUAUCUGCCUCAGCCACCGCUAUUCAGUUUGCAAAAAUUGUUUAUAA